AUGGCUACCGCUACCUCGUUCGACGAGCCCGUCCUCUCGCUCCUUCAGCGCUCGUACCCCGACGCCGGAGCCGCUACUGACGCCGAUGCCGUCAAGCUCUCGAGCGCCAUUUUCAAGAACGUCCAGUACACCGACGCCGAGAAGACUGAGAUCACGCAAUGGCUGAUUACCUCCUCACACGUGGGCUCCGCCACUGAGGACGAGGCAAAGCGCGCUGAGCGCCUGUCCUCGCUGAACACCCACCUGUCCACUCGCACCACCCUUCUCGGCGCGAAGCCCUCGGUGGCUGACGUUGCCCUCUACGCCAAGCUGGCCCCGGUUGUCUCGAAGUGGUCGCCGGAGGAGAGGACGGGCGAGCAGGGCUACCACCACAUCGUGCGCUUCGUCGACUUCAUCCAGAAUGCCCCGGUCUUCGGUUUGAAGGUUGGCGAGGAGGAGAAGGUCAAAGUCGACCAGGACGACGUCAAGUUCACCAUCAAGCCCAUCGAUGCCAAGGCCGAGAAGGAGCGCAAGAAGAAGGAGAAGGAGGCUGCCGCGGCUGCAGCAGGCGGUGCUACUCCCACCUCUGCCACUGGCGGCGAGGCCAAGAGCAAGAAGGAGAAGAAGGCCCAGGACAAGGUUGAGAAGGCCGGCGAGGCUGUUGCCGCGGCCGCUGGUGCCGGCAAAGAGGGCAAGAAGAAGGAAAAGAAGGAGAAGCAGCCCAAGCCGCAGAAGGCUGCGCCUGCUGAGAAGCCGCUGUCGCCCUCCCUCAUUGAUCUCCGCGUGGGUCACAUUCUGAAAGCUGAGAGGCACCCCAAUGCUGACAGCCUGUACGUCUCGACCAUUGCCGUUGGUGACGCACCCGGCACCGAUAACACUUCCGAGUACGAGGGCCAGGUUGUUCGUACCGUCUGCUCUGGUCUGAACGGCCUGAUUCCGCUCGAGGAGAUGCAAAACCGCAAGAUUGUCGCUGUCUGUAACCUUAAGCCUGUCACUAUGCGCGGCAUCAAGUCUUGCGCUAUGGUGCUUGCGGCAUCGCCCAAGGUCGCCGAGGGCGAGGACAGCCACAAGGGCCCCGUCGAGCUCGUCAACCCGCCUGCCGAUGCCAAGGCCGGUGACCGCGUCUUCUUCGAGGGCUGGGAGGGCGAGCCUGAGGGCGUGCUCAACCCCAAGAAGAAGAUCUGGGAGACGCUUCAGCCGGGCUUUACCACCACUGACAACCUCGAGGUUGGCUUCGAGGUCGGCGACGUGCCGCAGCUUGCUGGAGAGGGCGCGGAGAAGAAGACCGGUUUGGGUAAGCUGAAGACCGCCACCGGUCUCUGCACCGUCACCACGCUCAAGGGUGCUACGGUUCGGUAA